AUGUCAACAGAGCAGGCAGACCAACAAUCCCAAUCGUGCUCGUCCCACAUGAUGAAGACAACAAAGCGCGGGAGGCCCUUCCUCAAGGAUACUCUCGACCUCUUUGCCACUCUCAUCGUGUCUCUUCAAUUGACUCCUCACAAGCAAUACUUUCGCACUUUUCCAAAUUCUUUUACUACCGAUGAAGCAGCCCACAACCUGGCAUCCUUGAAAUUCUCGCAAUCGAACCGCGGGCCGGAUCCAAGAGACAAAUCACGAAUAGUGACGACCACCACCACGACUACCUUUUCCAUGACCAGGGACAUGGCCAAGGCGAUGUGUCAACACUUUAUGGAUGCCCGUCUGAUUGAGAAUGCUGCGGAUCAGGGCUCAAAUCUCUUCAAGGAUCGUGGUACUUAUGUCCUCACUCCCAAGGGUCUCCACGUUCUAGAGCGGUUCAUCUCGAAAAACGGCAUCAACGCGGAUCAUCUGCAGCAGGCUUUUGCUUCCCAGCCCAUCUGCGUCAGGUUGUUACACUUGGAGCGUCGCGCGGCAGAUGAUGAGAUUAUCGUCACCCAAUCUGUCAUCACCGCUCUUUUCCGUCGAUUUGUUGGCCGUCAGGCAAACUAUCUUCCUUCUCAAUCCAUCCCUUCGGACACCUUCCAAGAAUACCAAGAACGAACAAAAGGCAUCCAGUUGAGUAAUAUUCAGGACAAGGCGACCAUUCCUGGCAAAGGAGUUGUCACCCACAAGUACUGUUUCUCCGCUGUCAGUGCGUUGGAAUGGCUCUGUGAUUUCACCUCCGUCGUGGGAAGAGAGGAGGCUGCAGAAAUGGCCGCCCAGUUUGUUCGUUUCGGUCUCAUCACCCUCGUCAGUGACAAGAGAAAGAACAACGACUCUGCCAUCAUUUUCACCGUCCGUGGAUCGACACCCGGAGGCAACUCGCCAGUCAGUCCGCACGGCGAGUUCCGAUGCACCGCGAAAGCCAUCUACAAAAUUACGGAAGAAGGAAAACGUGUUGCUCAGUGGGACGAGUCGACUCCGUCACCUUUCAGCUCGACAACUAAUCUCCAUGGUGACCGUGCUUCGCUCGACAGUGCCGCAGUUGAGACGGGGUCCAAGUGUGGGCCCGAUGCUGCUGUUAGCGCUGCGGAUGCCAAGAUCCACCGUCGUAUUUCCAUGGCCGAGAAACUCCACGCUUCCUAUGAAGCAGGAGAGAAGAAGGGUAACGUCAAGAGCAACAUGGAUCGUUUGAACUACAUCCUCGAAGAGCCUGCGUAUCGCGGACUUUUCCGAGACUUCCUCAAGGCCAAUUUCUGCGAAGAGAACCUGGCCUUUUGGUUGGACGUCGAGGAUUUCAAGCGCAAGUUUAGCACCACCUCGAGCGCACAAGCUACUGCUUCUCCCCGACUUGGCAACGUCCACCACGAAUGUCUCAUCCAGACUGCCCUUCAGAUCUACCACAAAUAUCUUGCGCCGUCAAGUCAACACGAGCUCAACAUUGAUCACGGUUUGCGGCUGGAUCUUGCGAGCUACCUUGGUGAAGUCAUUACCAACUUGAAUGGAAAGUCAUUCGAUGGCCAAGUCAAUCCAAACCACUUCAAUGCGACGCAGCUACAAAUGCUUAUUAAGCUGUACUCACGCAUUCAAACCCAUGUCCUUCGAUUGAUGGCGACGGAUUCGUUGCCGAAGUUUGUCAAGACUCCGCGCUUUGUAGAGGCACGCCAACAUCUUGGAGAAGGCGUUGGAGCGAACGAAGAUGUACUCUUCCUGACGAGCCCUCACGCGCCACCUGGUCUUGGAGAAGAAGAGGCUGGAGGGGCGUAUAUGACCGUCUCCGCGAAGGCGAGCGAGCAGCGUGAACACAGAAGCCAGAUAUCUGAAUCUCAUACAUCCUCAUGA